AUGUUGAUCAAUCUGUGUUUCUGUUGUUUGUCUCGCGCAGAACUGCUGCACGCCGGCAGUGUGUCUUUGUUUUUGGGCCCCUCCGAUGGCCUCCUUUCCCAUUCCCUGCUGUUGGAUGAGGAGAGAGGUCGUCUUCUGCUGGGAGCCAGGGAUCACAUCUACCUGCUUGACCCUGACAACCUGGCCAAAAAUCCCAGAAAGAUCCACUGGCCUGCACCUUGGGACCGAGUGGACGCAUGCAAACUGGCUGGCAAAAACUCAAACGAGUGCGCUAACUUCGUGAGGGUGCUCCACAACUACAACAUGACCCAUGCCUACGCCUGCGGGACAGGAGCCUUCCACCCCAGCUGUGCGUUCAUUGAAAUCAGCGGUUCCAGACAGGAUGGAACUUUCCAGCUGCUGCCUGGUACAGUGGAGUCUGGCAGAUUGAAAUGUCCUUUUGAUCCCUUGCAGUCAUUCACCUCAGUCCUCACAGAUCAGUACCUGUAUGUGGGCACAGCCUCUGACUUCCUGGGCAAGGACACCACGUUCACACGCUCGCUCGGCCCGCCACCCGACCAGCACUACAUACGCACGGACAUCGCCGAGGACUACUGGAUCAAUGAGGCCAAGUUCAUAUCCGCACACCCCAUAGCGGACACCUACAACCCGGACGACGACAAGAUGUACUUUUUCUUUCGGGAGGUGUCGUGGGAAGGAAACGACAAGAGCAUUCUGUCCCGUGUGGCUCGGGUUUGCCAGAAUGACGUGGGCGGGCUGAGGAGUUUGACCAACAAAUGGACCACCUUCCUCAAGGCCAGACUGCUGUGCUCCAUACCCGGGCCUGAUGGAGUGGACACGCACUUUGAUGAGCUGCAGGACAUUUUUAUGCUGCCCACCAGGGACCCGAAGAACCCCACAGUGUACGCAGUCUUCACCACCUCCAGCUCCAUUUUCAGAGGCUCAGCUGUGUGCGUGUACAGCAUGUCGGACAUUAGAGCUGUGUUUAACGGGCCCUACGCUCACAAGGAGGGGCCAGACCACCGAUGGGUAGAAUAUGAGGGACAUAUACCGUACCCCCGUCCCGGAACGUGCCCCAGCAAGACCUACGACCCCAGGAUCAAGACCACCAAGGACUUCCCGGAUGAGGUCGUCAGCUUCAUUCGCAUCCACCCGCUGAUGCACCGCGCAGUCCACCCUCUGAGUGGACGACCCGUGUUCACGCGUGUCCGCGUGGACUACAGCCUCACGCAGAUUGUGGUGGACCGGGUCUUGGCGGAGGACGGCCAGUACGAGGUCCUCUUCCUGGGCACAGACGCUGGCACGGUUCUGAAGGUGGUGAGCAUCACCCGAGACAAGCGGCUGACGGAGGAAGUGGUGCUAGAAGAGCUUCAAGUGUUCCAGGUUCCCACGCCCAUUCUGAAUAUGGAGAUAUCUUCUAAGCAGCAACAGCUGUACGUGGGAUCCAGCCAGGGCCUGGCCCAGGUUUCGCUCAGCAGGUGUGGCCUCUACGGUCAAGCCUGCGCCGAGUGCUGCCUCGCCCGAGACCCCUACUGUGCCUGGGAUGGACACACCUGUUCCAGAUACAUACCUGCGUCCAAAAGGAGAGCCAGAAGACAAGACAUCAAGCACGGAGACCCCGCCAGCCAAUGUUGGGAUACAGAAGACAGUCUUGGUGUGGGUCGGGUGGAGGAGAGAGUUCUCUUCGCAGUCCAGAGCAACUCGACCUUCCUGGAGUGCGUCCCCAAAUCUCAGCAGUCCCAGAUCCGCUGGUUUGUCCGAAGAACUGGAUCGGAACACAGGGAAGAGGUCCGGCCGGACGAUCGGGUCAUCCAAACAGAACGAGGCCUCUUGAUCCGCGCCCUGCACGCCGCCGACGUGGGCGUGUACGAGUGCCAGGCUCAGGAGCACACUCGUUUCGUGCACACCCUCCGCCGCCUCACGCUGCAGCUCGUGCCACAAGGACACCUGGACAGAAAGACCAAGUCCGGCGAGGACCCCCUUGCGGAGCUGAAGAACGCUCGCCAUUACAAAGACUACCUGAGGCUGAUGAGCUCCCCCGUGGGGUCGCUGGAGGACUACUGCGACUCGCUCUGGCUUGAGAAGAGGUCGUCAAAGGCUCGGGGGCGAGCGAUGGGCGCCGGAAAGUGGAAACACAUCCAGGAACUGAAGAAGAGCAGGAACCGGCGGCACCACAGGGAGUGACUGACAAAUUAUUGACCAUUGCGGUGAAAAAGUGAGGACUGUAAAAGCGUAUCUCUAUAUCUUGCACACUAUGGGCCUGAUUUGCCAAAAUCCAAAUACCACGUGCUAAACAGCAGGUGCAAACUAUACAAUUGCUUGUACUAUUCAUAAUAAUGAUAAUAGAUUUUAUUUUUUAAAAAGCACUUUACAUUGAGUAAACAACCUCAAAGUGCUACAGUGGAUUAAAAAAAAUAAAAAGAUAAUUAAAAAAAUAAAUACAAAAAAAAACUAGAACAGCCAAAUAGCUAAAACUAGUAUGCAUAUCUAAAAAAAAUAUUUUUUUAAAAAGAAGGGUUUUUAAGCCUUUUUUAAAAGCAUCCACAGUCUGUGGUGCCCUUAGGUGGUCAGGGAGAGCGUUCCACAGACUGCCCGGUCUCCCAUUGUUCACAGCUUUGUCCUCGAAAGUCGGAGGAGGUCGUGUGGAGGAUUUGGGGGUGAGUAGUUCUUUGAGGUAGAGGCGGGCAUUUCCAUGGAGGCACUGGUGGGUUAGUAGGGAGACUUUGAAUUCAAUCCUGAGUGGAACAGGAAUCCAGUGAAAGGAUUUGAGAGUUGGUGUGAUACGGUCAUAUUUCCGCACUCUCAUCAGGAGAUAUUCAUGGGCGUGUUGCGUGUGAUCGACUAAAACUGCCUGUGCAGACCGCCUUGUUUAAAUGAGGUUUUUGACAGUACUGCUAGCUGUGGCCAUGGAAACACUCAUUUCCCGCCACAUUCAUGUUACGACACAUUUAACAUCCCUAACUCCUUUUCAGCAAUGUAGAAUUGCAAUCAAGACAACACAAAAUAUUUUGGAAUGAUCUAAAUGCAACAAAAUGCUUGUUGAAAAAAGUUUUUCGGUAUACAACCAGAGAUGUCCGAUAAUAUCAGACUGCCGAUAUUAUCGGCCGAUAAAUGCUUUAAAAUGUAACAUCGGAAAUCAUCGGUAUCGGUUUCAAAAAGUAAAAUGUAUGACUUUUUAAAACGCCGCUGUACACGAGCAGUUACGUCUCCCAGUCAUACUUGCCAACCCUCCCGAUUUUCCCGGGAGACUCACGAAUUUCAGUGCCCCUCCUGAAAAUCUCCCGGGGCAACCAUUCUCCCGAUAUUUCUCCCGAUUUCCACCCGGACAACAAUAUGUUGCGUGCCGGCCCAAUCACAUAAUAUCCAAGGCUUUUCACGCACACAAGUGAAUGCGAGCCAUACUUGGUCAACAGCCAUACAGGUCACACUGAGGGUGGCCGUACAAACAACUUUCACACUGUUACAAAUAUGCGCCACACUGUGAAGCCACACCAAACAAGAAUGACAAACACAUUUCGGGAGAAAAUCCGCACCGUAACACAACAUAAAAACCAUUCCAUCCAUCUUCUUCCGCUUAUCCGAGGUCGGGUCACGGAGGCAGCAGCCUAAGCAGGGAAGCCCAGACUUUCCUCUCCACAGCCACUUUGUCCAGCUCUUCCCAGGGGGAUCCUGAGGCGUUCCCAGGCCAGCCGGGAGACAUAGUCUUACCAACGUGUCCUGGGUCUUCCCCGUGGCCUCCUACCGGUUGGACGUGCCCUAAACACCUCCCUAGGGAGACGUUCGGGUGGCAUCCUGACCAGAUGCUCAAACCACCUCAUCUGGCUCCUCUCCAUGUGGAGGAGCAGUGGCUUUACUUUGAGCUCCUCCCGGAUGACAGAGCUUCUCACCCUAUCUCUAAAGGAGAGCCCCGCCACAUGGCGGAGGAAACUCAUUUUGGCCGCUUGAAACCCGUGAUCUUGUCCUUUCGGUCAUAACCCAAAGAUCAUGAUCAUAGGUGAGGAUGGGAACGUAGAUCGACCGGUAAAUUGAGAGCUUUGCCUUCCGGCUCAGCUCCUUCUUCACCACAACGGAUCGAUACAGCGUCCGCAUUACUGAAGACGCCGCACUGAUCCGCCUGUCGAUCUCACGAUUCAUUCUUCCCUCACUCGUGAACAAGACUCCGAGGUACUUGAACUCCUCCACUUCGGGCAAGAUCUCCUCCCCACCCCAGAGAUGGCACUCAACCUUUUUCUGGGCGAGAACCAGACUUCCCUUUCCCCAGCUACUUCGUCCAGCACCUCCCGGGGGAUCCCGAGGCAUUCUCAGGCCAGCCGGGAGACAUAGUCUUCCCAACGUGUCCUGGGUCUUCCCUGUGGCCUCCUACCGGUCGGACGUGCCAUAAACACCUCCCUACGGAGGCGUUCGGGUGAGAUCCUGACCAGAUGCCCGAACCACCUCAUCUGACUUCUCUCCAUGUGGAGGAGCAUCGGCUUUACUCUGAGCUCCUCCUCGAUGACAGAGCUUCUCACCCUAUCUCUAAGGGUGGAGGAAACUCAUGUGGACAGCUUGUAGCCGGGAUCUUGUCCUUUCGGUCAUAACCCAAAGCUCACGACAAUAGGUGAGGAUGGGAACGUACGUUUGUAGAUCAACCGGUAAAUUGAAAGCUUUGCCUUCUGGCUCAGCUUCUUCACCACAACAGAUCGAUACUAGGUCCGCAUUCUGAAGACGCCGCACUGAUCCGCCUGUCGAUCUUACGAUCCUCUCUUCCUUCACUCGUGAACAAGACUCCAAGGUAGUUGAACUCCUCACCUUGGGGCAAGAUCUCUUCCCCAAUCCGGAGAUGGCACUCCAUCCUUUUCUGGGCGAGAACCAGACUCCCCUUUCCCCAGCUACUUUGUCCAGCUCUUCCCAGGGGAUCCCGAGGCAUUCCCAGGGUCUUACCCGUGGCCUCCUACCAGUCGGACGUGACAUAAACACCUCCCUUCUGAGAUGUUCGGGUGACAUCUUGGCCAGAUGCCUGAACCACCUCAUCUGACUUCUCUCCAUGUGGAGGAGCAGCGGCUUUACUCUGAGUUCCUCUUGGAUGACAGAGCUUCUCACCCUAUCUCUAAGGGUGGAGUUAACUCUUUUGGGGCGCUUGUACCCGGGAUCUUGUCUUUUCGGUCAUAACCCAAAGCUCAUGACCAUAGGUGAUGACGAGAACGUAGAUCGACCAGUAAAUUGAGAGUUUUGCCUUCCGACUCAGCUCUUUCUUUACGACAACUGACCGAUACAGGGUCCGCAUUACUGCAGACACCGCACCGAUCCGCUUGUCGAUCUCAUGAUCCACUCUUCCCUCACUCGUGAACAAGACUCCAAGGUACUUGAACUCCUCCACUUGGGGCAAUAUCUCCUCCCCAACCCGGAUUGAUUGAUUGAUUGUUUGAGACUUUUAUUAGUAGAUUGCACAGUACAGUACAUAUUCCGUACAAUUGACCACUAAAUGGUAACACCCGAAUAAGUUUUUCAACUUGUUUAAGUCGGGGUCCACGUUAAUCAAUUCAUGGUAAAAGAUGGCACUCCACCCUUUUCUGGGCGAGAACCAUGGACUCGGACUUGUUAAGAAUAAAUAAGAAUAUUAAAUCAACGCUAGGUUAAAAAGGUGAGUCUCGAGUUUGUUUAAAAAAAAUCGCAACACAUACUUAGAGACACAAAAUAGCGCCCGCAGAGCAGUUACAGCCUUGUUAAAUCACACUGCCCGUGCUAAAUGAGUAUUGUGGCCAUUCUAUUGAUCAACAAUAAUACUGCAUAUGCACCAACACGCUAAACGGAUUGUGCGCUCCUUACUCUGCUCACUAAGAUGUAAUCCUCUAGUAGCCCUAUCAAGUUUGCAUGCCACUGAGUGCACGCAAACCUUGAGUAGAUACCAGAACCAUCCAUUAUUUGGUCAUUGUAAUACAUUAAAAGAUUGUUGAGUUUGUGUUUCCUCUCAGUGAUGACAAUGCAUUCAUGUUGAAUGUCUGUAAAUAACUGUAGAACUUGUACAGUAUCGUGUAGAACACUUCCAGUGUAGUCCUAGGACUUUAGUCUGAUAGCAAAGAAGGCUGUGGCGUCAGGGUCAGCCCGAACUACAUUUUUGUACCGGAGAUCCACUUUGAAAACUAUUUAAAUAAAUGUUUCUUGUUCCAAACUCAAAAUGUAACCCCAGUGAAUAAAUAUAAGAAGUGUGGAGUUUCUAGAACACGAGCAGAUUUAGAAUUGGUUGGUUGGCAUUUUUCCAGGUGUCCCGAUAUAGCAACGUAGGUCCCUGAAGGCUUUGCGUCGGGAUGAUUCAGUACCAGCUGCUCUCUUGUUUACGGAGAGUGCGUGCAUGAAAAGCAAACCACUACCAUGUUUUCUGGGACUGCUCCACCAUAAAGGACUAUUGGAAAGAGAUACACCAAAUCUCUACAGGAUAUUUUCAAAUGUGAAGUAUCCCUUGAAAGUUCGACUUUCACAGUCGUGGUCAAAAGAACAUAAUGUCAUGGCUGUCAUGGAGUUUCCGAUAAUUUCUACAACUCUUAUUUUUAUGGGAUAGAGCAGGGGUGUCCAAACUUUUUCCACUGAGGGCCGCACACGGGAAAAUUAAAGCAUGUGGGGGCCAUUUUGAUAUUUUUCAUUUUCAAACCAUAACAAAAUAUAUGCCUUUUUUAUUUAUUUUACCUUUAGGGGUCCCGGGGACCAUAAAGGCUCUCAGUCAUUAAAAUGUUAAAAAUAAGUCAGAUUAUUAUUUUUGUAAAAUUAUCUAACGCUUACAGUAAAUCUCUACAUCAACUUCAAGUGGAUAUAAAGUAAUACAAAUUAAAAAAUUGUUUUUAUGGCUUUUCUGUCAAAAACCACUUUGUUUUUUUAUAGUAAAACUGAAAUAUGCAGUAUUUAGUAAUUAGAGCCCUAAAAGAUCAAUAAUGCAGGACACCAUUGAUUUUAAUUAUUUCAUAUUUUUGAGUAAUCACAGUGAAAAGAUAAAUAAAAAAUCACUAAAUAUAUUUGGGAUCCAAAAGGUGCCCCACUCAUAAAGUGAUACAUUUUUAUUAGGUUUUUCUUUUACUUUCAACACUUAAGUUACGAGAUCAACUUCAGAUAUAUCUGCCGAUUUUAUGCUGGAACUAUUAUUUUGUUUGUUUUAUGUGCUUUUGUCAAAGAAAAAUGUGAUGUUUUUA